AUGGCACAGAUAGAGUCGUUUGGCCCGAGGGUGACCAGCGUAAGCUUUCCCUGGCCUCCUGAGGUGUCCGGUUUGGAGCGCAUCGUGCUUUCUGCGCAAGGGGAUUUGCAGCGCAUCCUUAGCGCAUUCUUUGCUCGUCCAAUCUCUGUUGAGACGGCCUUCGCCCAAACAUAUACCCAGAUGACCCUCGAUGACCCUCGCGUGCCUCUUCCUGAGCCGAGUGACGAGGCCCUGUCCAAUAUAUCCCCCAGUAGUCCUAUAUCACAGACCCGGCAGGUUCACCUCCAGUGCGCCGACAGAACAGUGUGCACAGCAACCUCAACCGUCAGGAUCUCCUCCUCACGGCAUGCCCACCUCUUCCUGGUAGAGAAGUACGCGAUUGGACAAAUGUUUCGCAAGUUGGGAACGAUACCACAAUUCGAGCUGGUCGAAGUUGGGAUUGGCUCCCCUGAUAUUUCGCUGCCGGAAGGCAAGAGUACGGACGCGCACGCGACAGCGCAGCCACUUUGGAGGAGAUACAGGCUAUCAAUCCCCGACUUCGAAUGCGAGAUCGUAGAGGUCUUCCCCUGCCGCGAUAUGUUUACCCAUGGAGACGAAUGGCUGCUAGAUGAUCGUGUUGAAGCGCGCCAACCCCCCGUAUCAUCAGGAACACAGCUGAGUACAUCACAGACAGUAGAUCCCUGCCGGUCGUCGCCGAUGCUCGUUCUUUCCGUUGGCACUGGCUUUUUCCUGAUGCUGGCCUUGCAAAUCUUCCUGAUUUCCACUGGUCGUUUAUAUUGUUGA